AUAAACAACACCUGACCCGGAACUUGUCCCUCGGUGAGUUUCCGGUUCGGGAGAGCAGCGAGCAGAAGUCCGAGAAGCUGAUCGUGAGAAACAUGUCCGGACUCCACGGCCUGAAGGUGUUCAUCAACCAGCGGCUCGCGGCGGCUGUCGAGGACAUCUGUGGACAUUUCGAGAGGACGAUAAACGAAUAUGAGGCGGAAAUGGACCGGAAACUGCUCGACGUGGUGUCAGCGGCUGAAAUGAAGCUGCGGGCUGAAGCAGGGUUUCCUGCAGACGUCCAGCAGCUGUUGGAGAAAAAAGAAGUGGAGGUUCCCCCUCAUCAGCAGGACUGGGGCUCCAGUCUGGACCAGGAGGACCCAGAGCCCCCACACAUUAAAGGGGACCAGGAGGACCCAGACCCCCCACAGAUUAAGGAGGAACAGGAGGAACUCUGGACCAGUCAGGAGGGAGAGCAGCUUCAAGGUCUGGAGGAGGCUGGUAUCAGGUUCACAUUCACUACUGUGAAGAGUGAAGAUGAUGAAGAGGAAGCUCAGUCCUCUCAUCUUCAUCAAAGACAAACUGAACAGAUGGAAACAGAAGCUAAAGGAAGGGACUAUGGAGGACCAGAACCAGACAAGAACUUGGGUCCACAUAGACAUCUAGAAACUGUUCAAACUGGAGACUCUUUUGAACCUCAGACUGAUGAUAACACCAGAGAACCUCAGUCCGGUUUAAACUCUCUAAAUGAUUAUGAUGAUGAUGUUGUUCCUGUAAACGAUGUCAAAUCUAAUGUUGUCAAAAAAUCCUUUACUUGCUGUGAAUGUGGGCGAAAAUUUGGUCGCAAGGACAGUCUGCGGAGACACAUGAGGUUUCACACGGGAGAGAAACCUUACAGCUGCUCUGCUUGCGGGAAAGGAUUUUCUCAGAGGCCAAACUUGAUUCGUCACAUGAGAUGUCACUCUGGAGAGAAACCCUUCAGCUGCUCCUUCUGCCACACAAGUUUUGCUGUGCGGAGCGCUUUGGUCAACCACAUGAGAAUCCACACCGGAGAGAAACCCUUCAGUUGCUUAUAUUGUGACAAAAGCUUCACUCAAAAGGGGGGUCUGAAAAAACAUAUGACUGUCCACACAGGAGAGAAACCAUAUAGUUGUCCAGUGUGCGAUAAAAGUUUUUCCCAGAAGGCCAAUCUGACGUACCACUUCUCACUGCACACGGGACAGAAACAGUUCAGCUGCAGCAUUUGUGACAAAAGGUUCACGUGGCAGUCGCAGGUCCGAAGCCACAAGUGUGUCGGCGAGAGCAGCGGCAGCUGAAGCGGUGCAUAGCGGCCGUUAACCGAACAAGUACAGACCGGUUAGUUCAAUAAAACCUCUCCUCGCAGCUACAAGACAAAGCUGUUGAACUCCACUUCUUCUCUCGUGGCCCUUUGCAGAAACUGAUGACAGUGUGUUAAUACAUAUAACCACAUCUUCAUAUAAUUUCAAUUCAAUUCAGUUUAUUUUGUACAGCCCAAUAUCACAAAUUACAACCUCCCCUCAGAGGGCUUUACAAUCUGUACACAUACGACAUCCCUGACCUUUGACCUCACAUCGAAUCAGGAAAAACUCCCCAAAAAUAACCUUUGACAGGGAAAAAAGGGAAGAAACCUUCAGGAGAGCAACAGAGGAGGAUCCCUCUCCCCGGAUGGACAGAUGAAUAGAUGUCAUGUGACCAGAAUGAACAGCAUUUACAAAGUUACAUAAACACAUUACAUGAAUAUGACAAUGUAUGAAUGGAACUCCAAUCCAUGAAACAGAAGGAGGUAACUGGUCUUAUAAUCAUUUAUUAUGUGUUCUGUGAGUUAAUAUUAAAAACAUUUACGUAGUAUAAGAGUUUUAUUGUACUGUGUUGGAUAACGUGACAGUUUAAAUAUUGACAAAAAUAAAUGUUAUUAA